UCUUCAAGCUCUCUUCCAUGGCAGCUGUCUCUGUGUCUGAGCAGGAGGCGCUCUGAAUCUCUGCAACUCUGCUACAACACGCCCAUUUCACACACCCACCGGAGAACCUCCGACCAUGCUUCUCCUUAUCUUCCUCUCCGCCUUCCUCUCAAACCCUUCUCUCCUCUCCCUCUCCCUCUCCCAAGAAGGCCUCUAUCUCCACACCGUCAAGCUCUCCCUCGACGACCCUGAUUCCGCCCUCCGCUCAUGGAACGACCGCGACGACACUCCCUGCUCCUGGUUCGGCGUUUCUUGCGACCCCAUAACCAACUCCGUCCACUCCCUCGACCUCUCCAACACCAACAUCGCCGGCCCAUUUCCUUCGCUUCUUUGCCGUCUCCAGAAUCUCUCUUCCAUUUCUCUCUACAAUAAUUCCAUCAAUAUGACACUUCCCUCUACUAUUUCCGAGUGUUCUAGUCUCCAGCAUCUCGACCUCUCUCAGAAUCUCCUCACCGGCGAGCUACCCACUUCCAUUUCUGAUCUCCCCAACCUCCGGUAUUUGGAUUUAACUGGGAAUAACUUCUCCGGUGACAUUCCGGCGAGUUUUGCUCUGUUUCGAAAGUUGGAGGUUCUGUCUCUGGUUUAUAAUCUUCUCGAUGGGCCGAUGCCGGCGUUUCUCGGUAACAUUACAACGUUGAAGAUGUUGAAUCUGUCGUACAACCCAUUUGCGCCGAGCAGGAUCCCGCCGGAGUUUGGGAAUUUGACGAAUCUUGAAGUGCUUUGGCUGACUCAAUGUCAUUUAAUUGGGGAAAUUCCGUCGUCUCUUGGUCGGUUGAAACGGCUGACCGAUUUGGACUUGGCGAUGAAUAAUCUUUAUGGUCCGAUUCCAAAAUCGUUGACGGAGUUGAGUAGUGUGGUUCAGAUUGAGCUGUAUAACAACUCGUUAACAGGGGAAUUGCCUUCUGGGUUUUCGAAUCUGACCUCAUUACGGCUGUUUGAUGCAUCGAUGAACGGUUUAAAUGGAGUGAUUCCGGAUGAGUUGUGUCGGUUGCCGCUUGAGAGUCUCAAUCUCUAUGAGAAUAAGUUCGAGGGUACGUUACCGGAAAGCAUUGCGAACUCGCCGGGCUUGUAUGAACUCAGACUGUUCAGUAACCGGCUCACCGGCGAGUUACCGCGAAAUCUUGGGAAGAACUCGCCGUUGAGAUGGAUUGAUGUUUCCGACAACCAGUUUUCCGGGGAACUCCCAGGGGAUUUGUGUGAGAAAGGCGAGUUAGAGGAGCUUCUAAUGAUCAACAACAACUUUUCCGGGGAGCUUCCGGCGAGUUUAGGUGGAUGCGAGAGUUUAACAAGGAUCCGAUUGGGUUACAAUCGGUUUUCCGGCGAGGUUCCGCCGCGAUUUUGGGGGCUCCCACAUGUUUAUCUAUUCGAACUAGUGAGCAACUCGUUUUCCGGGGGAAUUUCCGACGACAUUGCCACUGCGAAGAACCUUUCGAUUUUCAUUAUCUCGAAGAACAACUUCACCGGCAAGAUUCCGGCGGAGAUUGGGGAGCUGGAGAAUCUUGUGAAAUUGUUAGCGACUGAUAACAAACUCAAUGGAUCUUUACCAGAAAAUCUUGCGAAUCUCAGGAAGCUUUCGAGUUUGGAUCUUCAAAAUAAUGAUCUCUCUGGAGAACUUCCCAAUGGAAUCAAAUCCUGGAGGAAUCUCAACGAACUCAAUUUAGCAAACAAUGAAUUUUCCGGCGAAAUCCCUGAAGAAAUCGGGGCUUUGCCGGUUCUUAAUUACCUCGAUCUAUCUGGGAAUCAAUUUUCCGGCAACAUCCCAAAUGGGUUACAGAAUUUGAAUCUAAAUCUUCUGAAUCUUUCAAACAAUCGGUUGUCCGGUGAGCUUCCGCCGUUCUUAGCCAAAGGAAACUACGGAAACAGCUUUCUGGGGAACCCAGAUCUGUGUGGACAUUUGGAAAGAUUAUGCAAUAACAAAGAUGAAUCGAAGAGCGAAGGCUAUCUCUGGUUGCUGCGUUCGAUCUUCUUCCUCGCGAGUAUCGUGUUCGUCGUCGGUGUCGUCUGGUUUUACCUCAGAUACCGAAAGUUCAAGCUGGCUAAGAGAGAAAUGGAGAAGGGGAAAUGGACAUUGAUGUCGUUUCACAAGCUGGAUUUCAGUGAAUAUGAGAUAUUAGAUUGUCUUGAUGAAGAUAACAUUAUAGGUAGUGGCUCUUCUGGUAAAGUUUAUAAGGUUGUUCUCAACAAUGGCGAGGCGGUCGCCGUGAAGAAACUGUUCGGAGGGAUGAAGAAAGAAGGCGGCGGUGGGGGUGGCGGUGGCGACGUCGAGAAGGGUCAAGUUCAAGACAAUGGUUUCGAAGCCGAAAUCGAAACGUUGGGGAAGAUAAGGCAUAAGAACAUUGUGAAGUUAUGGUGUUGUUGCAUUACUAGAGAUUACAAGCUUUUGAUCUAUGAGUAUAUGGUUAAUGGAAGCUUGGGAGAUUUGCUUCAUAGUAGUAAAAAGGGAUUGUUGGAUUGGCCUACUAGGUUUAAGAUUGCUUUGGAUGCUGCUGAAGGGCUUUCUUAUCUUCAUCACGAUUGCGUCCCUCCGAUCGUACAUCGAGACGUUAAGUCUAACAAUAUCUUGUUGGAUGGUGAUUUCGGAGCUAGGUUGGCGGAUUUCGGUGUAGCUAAGGUCAUUGAUUCGACUCCGAUGGGACCGAAAUCCAUGUCGGUCAUCGCGGGGUCUUGCGGUUACAUUGCACCAGAGUACGCAUAUACACUCCGAGUGAACGAGAAGAGCGACAUAUACAGUUUCGGUGUAGUGAUCCUAGAGCUGAUAACGGGGAGGCUCCCGAUCGAUCCGGAGUUUGGGGAGAAGGAUUUAGUGAAAUGGGUAUGUUUCAAAUUAGACCAAGAAGGGAUUGAGCAAGUGAUGGACACCAAACUAGAGAGUUGUUUCAAGGAAGAGAUAUGCAGAGUGCUAAACAUAGGGCUGCUGUGCACCAGCCCUCUGCCCAUCAACCGCCCAUCAAUGAGGAAAGUGGUGAAAAUGCUGCAAGAAGUAGGCGCGGCGGACAACCAAAUGAAAGGCAGCAGCAACAACAAGGAUGGGAAAUUAACGCCAUAUUAUUACGAAGAAGAUGCUUCAGAUCAGGGAAGUGUAGCAGCAGCAGCAUCAUAGAAAGAACAUGAGUUGAAAUUCACUGUGGUUUGAAUGUAAAUGUGUUUGCUUUGCUGAAUCUGUGGGAAGAACAGCAUGAUUGUAGUGAAAAUGGUGUUUUUUUAAUUGGAAAAUUACAGUUUUACAGCACAAAAGUUUGGAUUUUUAUGAACUAUUUAUGAAGGAAGAGAGAUUCUGAAGAGAAUCUGUGGCAAUUAAUUUCCAUGUGACUGUUUUUU